AUGCAGAACGGAAUCAAGCCUAGUGACAGUGAGAGUGAUCUGUCAGAACCAGCAGAGCCUCUCGCUGCCCAAGCCUCGCCGUCAGGUGUCCGAGUCGAUGGCGACGAUAAACUUCCCAUAAAAAACGAAGACUCAGAACCCGAUUCCGACGAGCCAGAGCCUCACGGCGACGCUGAUUACGAGAUGGACACAUCGAUGCAGGCAGACGGGGUCGAGUCAGAGCAUCACAACUCCUCAUCGGAUGAAUCCGUAAGACCUGCGAAGAGAAAGGCUCACCAACUUGAUGACGAGGAAUACAUCCGAAACAACCCGGAGAUAUACGGUCUGAGACGAAGUGGCCGGUCGCGACCUACCUUGAACAUGGCAGAAUCUUCUGAUGAGCAAAAUUCCGAGUCAGAUGUCGUUGUUCGCCCUCGAAAGCGUUUGCGACAAACCUCGCAGCGGUCCUCCAAGCAGCCUACUCCCGUGGUCGAAUCUCCCACUGCUUCAGACAAUGAUUCCGACGCGUAUGGUGGUCGCCGUGCCAAGUUGACGAAGAAGCAACGCCGGAGAUUGUUGCAGUCUACCGAAAACCUGACACCUGCUCACGCCGAAAUCCGGUUCUCCACGCGUCGAGCUGCGAGAGUAUCUAAUUACAAUGAAGAUGAUGACGAUGACAUGUUCGAAGAUAAUGACCCCGACACUCUUACACCCAACUACUGGGCAAACGGUGCGGAGGACAAUUCCCCGGCCAUCGACAUCGUCUUGAACCACCGACUGAGAGUCGACGUCACUACCCCUUCGCAUAACAAAGAGGACUACGAGUUCCUGAUCAAAUGGCAGCAAAAGGCUUACUAUCAUGCGACCUGGGAAAGCUACGAGUCUCUUGCGGGUGUGAAGAGUCUUCGGCGACUGGAUAACUAUAUCAAGAAGACCCUGCAAGAAGACAUCCGAAUCCGCAAUGAUCCAAGUGUUGCGCCAGAAGAUAAGGAGAAAUGGAUCCUCGACAGAGAACAGUACUUCGACGCACUCGAAGAACACAAGAAGGUUGAACGAGUGAUCGGCGAUCGCGACGGCGAAGACGGCACCGAAUACUACGUCAAGUGGAAAGGUCUGCUCUAUGACCAAGCAACAUGGGAGCCGUCGAGCCUCGUCAGCCAAAUUGCACAGAACGAAAUUGAUCGCUACAUCAACCGGAGACGUCAGGAUUUCAAGUCCAAUACCGCCGAAAGCAACCCUUCGACCCGGUCUUCCUUCCAGCCCAUGCGCGAGCAACCAUCGUAUAUCCAAAACGGUACCCUGAGAGAUUUCCAGAUGACUGGCGUCAACUUCCUUGCUUACAACUGGGUCAAAGGCAAGAAUGUUGUUCUCGCAGAUGAGAUGGGCUUGGGAAAAACCGUGCAAACUGUUGCCUUUCUGAGUUGGCUGAGACAUAAUCGUGGCCAACAAGGUCCCUUCCUCGUCACCGUUCCGCUUUCCACAAUGCCGGCUUGGGCGGACACGUUUGACUUGUGGGCUCCUGAUAUCAACUAUGUCAUUUACAAUGGCGGUAAGAACUCUCGAAACAUCAUUCGGGAUUAUGAGUUAUUACCAGAUGGGAACUUUCGCCACCCGCGCUUUCAUGUCCUUCUCACGACUUACGAGUAUGUUCUACACGAUGCACCAUUCCUGAGUCAGAUCAAGUGGCAGUUCAUGGCUGUCGACGAGGCUCAUCGGCUGAAGAACCGCGACUCCCAACUGUACGAUCGUUUACGUGAGUUCAAAGCUCCUGCUCGCCUGCUCAUCACGGGCACACCAGUCCAAAACAACCUUGGUGAGCUGUCGGCUCUGUUCGACUUCUUGAAUCCCGGCGUCGUCAACAUCGAUGAGAACAUGGACUUGACCACCGAAGAAGCCAGUGCUAAGAUCGCUCAGCUUACCGAGGACAUCAAGCCAUACAUGCUUCGAAGAACCAAGCAGAAGGUAGAAAAAGACUUGCCUCCCAAGACGGAGAAGAUCAUCCGCGUCGAGCUCUCCGAUAUUCAGCUGGAAUAUUACAAGAACAUCCUGACCAAGAACUAUGCUGCUCUCAAUCAAGGUGCAAAGGGUCAGAAGCAGUCUUUACUCAACAUUAUGAUGGAACUAAAGAAGGCGAGCAACCACCCCUUCAUGUUUCCAAGUGCCGAGGAACGUCUUGUCCCCGAUGGCGCUCGCCGCGACGAGGUCUUACGUGCUCUUGUUACAAGCAGUGGAAAGAUGAUGCUUCUGGAUCAGCUGCUUACCAAGUUGAAGCGUGAUGGUCAUCGCGUGCUAAUUUUCAGCCAAAUGGUGAAAAUGCUGGACAUCCUCGGAGACUACAUGGAAUAUCGAGGUCAUGCUUAUCAGCGACUUGAUGGCACCAUUGCUGCAGCUGCCAGACGGAUCGCUAUCGACCACUUCAAUGCUCCGGAGAGUUCUGACUUUUGCUUUUUGCUUUCUACAAGAGCAGGAGGUCUUGGGAUCAACCUGAUGACUGCUGACACCGUCAUCAUAUUUGACUCAGAUUGGAAUCCGCAGGCGGAUCUCCAAGCUAUGGCUCGUGCCCAUCGAAUUGGUCAAGUGAAGCCUGUUAGUGUUUAUCGGUUGGUUUCCAAGGAGACAAUCGAGGAGGAAAUCCUCGAGCGAGCGCGGAACAAGCUUAUGCUGGAAUUCUUGACCAUCCAGCGUGGUGUCACUGACGAAAAAGCUCAAGCGAGACGCAGCGCCCUGGCUAGCGAGCCUACUAGCUCCAGUGAAAUCUCCCGAAUUCUGAAAAAGCGAGGACAGAAGAUGUUUGAGCAAACAGACAACCAGAAGAAACUUGAGGAACUUGAUCUCGAUGCAGUUCUCAACAGCGCCGAAGACUACAAGGUUGAGCAGCCCGAUGGCACUGAAGCCGAUGGAGGAGAAGAGUUCCUGCGCACGUUCGAUUUUGUGGAUGUCAAAGUCGACGAGUUGUCUUGGGAUGACAUCAUCCCCAAAGAACAACUUGAAGAGAUCAAGGCGGAAGAGCAGCGCAAAGCCGAAGAGAAAUAUCUCGCCGAGGUGAUCGAGCAGAACAAGCCGCGAGUACGCAACCUUCAAACCGAGGACCGGGAAGCUCGCAAGGCACGACGUCAAGAGCAGCGACAGAAAGAAGUUGACUCAGACAGCGAAUCCGAAGAGGGCCCCAAAGCUGACCCAGCACGCCCUCUCAGUGAGCGGGAAUAUCGCUAUCUCAUCAAAGGUCAUCUUCGAUACGGUUCAAUUGACGACCGCCAAGAAGAAUUCUUGACAGAAGCACGCCUCCGUGGGAGGGACCUUGGUGUUGUCAAAGCUGCCAUGCAAGAGGUCUGGGACAAGUCACUCGAAUUAUACACUGAAGAGCAGAACCGCAUGGCCGAUCUGGAGCGGACCGCGAGUCGCCCUAUCACCAAGAAGGAUAGGAAGGCAAUCCUUUUUGAGCUCCAUGGAGUCAAGCGAAUCAACGCUGAGACAAUCCUUGAGCGGCCAGGUGAGAUGCGGCUGCUGCAAGAAGUUACCUCGAGGGAGUCCGACUUCAGAUCCUUCCGCGUUCCCGAAGCUACCAAGAAUGCUGGUUAUACUUGCGCUUGGGGUGCUAGGGAAGAUGGCAUGCUCUGUGUCGGCAUCGCUCGGCAUGGCUAUGGCGCAUGGGAGAAGAUUCGCGACGAUCCCGACCUUGGCCUCAAGGACAAAUUCUUCCUCGAAGAACAUCGUGUCGACAAGAAAGCUGAACGUGAGAAGGGGGCUGAAAAGAAUGCAAAGUCACCUGGUGCAGUCCAUCUAGUUCGGCGUGCUGAUUACCUCAUCUCGGUACUGAAGAGCAAGUACGGGGAUGAUCCAGCUGCGAAGAAGGCGGUCGAAAAUCAUCAUCGGAAUAACAAGAAGAUGAAUGGUGAAAAGGGCACAGAGUCACCUGCUCCUGGAUCCCAUCGUAAGGUGAAUCGUGAUUCGGAGAAGCCUCGACAUCGCACCAGCCAAGCUCGCCGUGAGAGUUCCGAGAGAUACGGAACCCCGAGAUCUGAAGCACGUCCUAGCCAUGGGAAGCAUGAGGGUGACAGCAGAGAUCAUAAGGAUCGCAAGCACCGCGACGAUCAUGGUCAUACACGCCACAAUAGGCAUGCAAGUGAUCACAGACGUGGCGAAAACAAUGCCAAUGGCCACGCUCACGAGGUCGAUCCUCUGAUGGUGAUGCUGUUCAAACCUGUUAAGGAAAGUUUGAAGAAGAUCAAGGCUACCACGAAAAACGCCAUACCCGACGCUCAAUUACGAGCAAACGAACUCAGAUCGUUGUUGAAAGAGAUAGGCAGCUUUAUUACUGAGCAAGUUGCGGAGCUCGAUGACAAUCACGACUCGGUCGAGAAACGCUUCUGGUAA